AUGAAGGGAGCUUUCGCAGCCGCCGCCGUGGCUGCCCUGACUGGCGCCGCCAGCGCCUCUCACGGUCACCGCCACGCCCACGAGCUCUUCGCCGCGAAGAGAGCCGCCACUGGCGAGGUCUGUGUCCCUGGAUGCACCACCAUCUACUCGACCAUCACCGGCGAGCCUACCUUGGUUCCUAUCAAGGCUCCCCCGACCUCCGCAGCUCCUGUGCCUACCACCGCAGCUCCUGCUCCUGCACCACCGGCCACCACCUCCGUUGAGACUCAGGCUCCGGCUCCUACUUCUGAGGUCUAUGUCGUCCCUGUUCCGACUCCCUCUCCGGUCACCUUCCCAACUCCCGGAACUUACACCAUUCCGGCCACGACCAUCACCCUGACCGACACCACCACCGUCUGUGGUGCUAGCUCGACCCAGGUGCCCCCCGGAACACACACCGUUGGCGGUGUUACCACUGUCGUUGAGACGGCCACCACCGUCGUCUGCCCUGUUGCCACCGUCUCAACCAGCGGCACCGUGGUUACCAGCGUCAUUGUGCAGACCACCUACGUCUGCCCUGCUGCUGGUACCUACACCAUUGCUCCCAUCACCACCGUGGUCCCCUCGUCCACUCUCCUGGUCUACCCCGUCCCGACCAGCUACGAGCCCGGUACCUACACUGCUCCCGAGCAGGUCGUCACGGUCACCGAGACCGACUAUGUCACCUACUGCCCCUUCGCCAGCUCUGGUGCCCCGACUUCCACUCCCGCUCCUGCUGCGCCCACCAGCCCUGCCAGCUACCCUCCUCCUCCUCCUGCUCCCGCUCAGUCUACUCAGGAGCCCGCCAAGCCUAGCGCUCCCGCCUACUCUCCUCCGGCCUACUCUGCUCCCGCUGCUCCCAAGCCCAAGCCCACCCAGCCUGCCCCUGCUCCUAAGCCCAAGCCUGUGGCUCCCAGCGGUGGUCUCAGCGGCAACAACGACCACUAUGGUAUCACUUACACUCCCUAUGAGCCUGCCACCGGCAACUGCAAGUCUGCUGAUGAGGUUGACUCGGACAUUUCCAAGCUCAAGAACGCCGGUUUCCAGGUCAUCCGUGUCUACUCCACUGACUGCAACACUCUUGAGAACGUUGGUGGUGCUGCCAAGAAGUACGGCAUUGAGCUGAUCCUCGGUGUCUUUGUCAAGGGUGAUGGCUGCAGCUACGAGACCCCUGAUAUCAAGAGCCAGGUUGACGCCAUUGCUGCCUGGGCCCAGUGGGAUCUUGUCAAGCUCUUCGUCGUCGGUAACGAGGCUAUUAUGAACGGCUUCUGCUCUGCUACUCAGCUCGCCGAGCUCAUCACCACCGUCAAGGGCAAGUGCAGCGGCUACAGCGGCCCCUACACCAUCUCCGAGACUCUCAACAUCUGGCAGAACCCUGCUGUCUCCUCGGCCAUCUGCGGUGUUAUCGACGUCACUGGUGCCAACAUCCACCCCUUCUUCAACUCCGCCACCACUCCCGAUUCCGCUGGUGACUUCGUCGCUGGACAGCUCGAGCUCCUGAAGGAGAUCUGCCCUGGCAACGACGUCCUCAACCUGGAGUGCGGUUGGCCCAAGAAGGGUCAGUGCAACGGUGAUGCCUGCCCUGGUUCUUCCGAGCAGGCUACCGCCCUUAAGAACAUCCGUUCCAAGUGCGGUAACAAGACCGUCUUCUUCUCCGUGGACGAUGACAUGUGGAAGCAGCCCGGCAGCUUUGGUUGUGAGCAGAGCUGGGGUGCCGCCGCUGCCUUUGCCAUCAACGAGUAA